AUGACUAGAACUGACAAAUGGACUACUCACGAAUCUAAGGCUGACCCAAAGUACUUCAGCCAUAACGGUAACUAUGGUGAAAAUCCAAACAACGUGAAGAAGAAUGGUUCGGGUAAAGGUAACUGGGGUAAGCCAGGUGAUGAAAUCAAUGAUCUAAUUGAUUCUGGUGAAAUUCCUCCAGUCUUUAACAAAGCUAGAAGAGGUUCUAACACACAGCAUAACGAACAUACUUUGAACAAAUCUGAAUAG